UUCAGAGAGCAUGAUUGUGUUAGAAGGGCUUCAGUAGACUGUCAGAGGAAAAGAUAGACAGAGCAAAGCCAUUUCAACCACGCCUUCAAAAGUAAAUAAUCAUCAAAAGACAGUGUGUUAUAGGAUUUUUUUUUUGCCAAAGUAUUCCUGCUUGAGUUUUUCAAAAGGAAUUCUGUUUUUAUGUUUAUCUCUAGGAGGAAGGACUCCGAGCAGCAGUGAGGUUCCUCAGCCCGCUUUACCCUGUGCGUAAAAACAAAACUUUAACACACCAAGACGAUCAUUUGAGAGGACUGGGAGCUCAGAAAACUCUCCUCUAUACUAGCCGGGAAUUGUAAAGCUCACACCGGACGCCCACUGAAGGAGGAUAUAUAACUUUUCAACGCAUUUUGUGGAGAGACACGGAGGUGGAUUUGUCUAACAGAGAGCAGAGGGAUCCUCUUCGCUUAGCCCGGAGGAGUGCGCGCAGCGCCGGUUAGCAGACUGCCCCAAAGGACGGCACCUUAGAGAAAAAGGUUAUGACGGAACUGAGCUGAACAUGGAGCUUUUUUGGAUUUUGUUAUUUUCUAGUUUCUAUCCUCUUGCCUGUGGCCAAGGAGUUUACGCCCAAGCCAACGCCCAGAUCGUGCACUCAGGCGCAGCGUGUAACGUCAAGGAUGAUAACAUCAGUGAGAGAAUCUACACCAUCAAAGAAGGAGACACACUAGUCCUUCAAUGUAUUGUUAAAGGACAUCCGCGACCACAGGUGCGAUGGACAAAGACUGCAGGCAGUGCAUCAGACAAGUUCCAAGAAACAUCCAUCUACAACGAGACUCUGCGCAUCGAGGGCAUCCAGAGGGUGCAGGGGGGUCGCUACUACUGCAAGGCCGACAACGGGGUGGGGGUCGCUGCCAUCAAGUCCAUCCGCGUAGAUGUGCAGUACCUUGACAUACCUGUUCUCACUGUGCACCAGACCAUCAGCGAUGUGCGUGGAAGUUACUACCAGGAGAAGACGGUGUUCCUGCGCUGCACCGUCAACUCCAACCCUCCCGCACGUUUUAUCUGGAAACGUGGGAAUAUGCUCAUUGAACAGAGCAAGGACAAUGGAGUGGACAUCUACGAACCGCUGUACACUCAGGGUGAGACCAAGGUGCUUAAGCUGAAAAACCUCCGACCAAAGGACUUUGCCGAUUACACGUGCCAGGUGUCCGUCCGUAAUGUGUGUAGCAUCGAAGACAAGUCAGUCACCUUCAGGCUGACAAACGCCACAUCUCCCCCAAUGAUCCGGCUGUCAGUGAACGACACGGUGGUGGUGGAUCCCGGGCAGGAUGUGCUCCUAACCUGUGAGGUGACAGCAGGUUUCCCCCUCCCUACUGUGAUGUGGUCGCGAAACCCCAGCCCCCUUCCCCUCAGCGCACAAGUUCGAGGGCCAACGCUGAUUCUGCGGGCGGUCACACCGACCGACGCUGGUUUUUACAACUGUACGGCUGUCAACAAUGUGGGCAAUCCUGCCCGCAAAAACGUCAAUCUGGUUGUCAGGACAAUGAGCAACCUGACCUUCCAGAUAACACCAGACUCCAACAAGGACAGCGAGACCAUCCAGAUGGGUCGGGACCUCAAGCUGUCGUGCCAUGUUGAUGCCACCCCACAGGACAAGGUCAACUACACCUGGUACAAGAACGUGUCCCCUGUUUUCAACUCGGACAGCCUGAUCUUGUUGCGCAGUGACCCAGACAUGGCACCCGGCACCAGUAGCUUGGAGAUUGUUGACAUGAAGUUCAGAGACUUGGCUACCUACAGCUGUGUGGCGAACUUCCCCGGCAGCAGGGUGCUAGAGCUGCGUGUGGAUGUCAACAUCUCUCAGAACAGUGUCUCUCCUCCAGUGCUGGCGGUUCCACCUGGAGGUCAGGCGGUGAGCGUUCGAGAGGGAGGAAACAUCGACCUGGUGUGCUUGGUGGUAGAUGGCAAACCCCGUCCACCUAUACUGUGGUCACGGAUAGAAAAAGACCUGCUGAUGCCGUCAGGGACGACCACGAUGGAGACACCUGAUGGUCGCUUGAGGCUAAAGAAUGUGACCCGGGACAUGAUGGGGGCAUACCGCUGCCAGACUGCUCCGUACAACGGCCUUAACAUCAAACGCAGGGAGGCACAGGUCCAGCUCAAUGUGCAGUAUCCUCCUAUACUGGACACCGUGAACCCGGAUACACGUUCAAGGAACUAUCAGAUGGUGACCCUGAGGUGUACAGUGAUACGGUCAUUCCCGACACGCCUCAUAGACAUCCGCUGGUUCCGUAACGGUGAAUUAAUCCGCAUGCCGAUGCCAGACCUGAAGGAGACACCAGAGUUGAAGUUUAAGCUGGAACCCAACAACAAUGGCUCGUAUGAGUGUCGAGUCAGCAAUAGUGCAGGGACAUCAACAUGUUCAUUCAAUGUCUCUGCACAACCCUACAAUGCUGAGUUUUACUUCGACACACCCAACCCAGUGCGAAUUCAAAAAGGAAACAACUAUUCCUACAACCUGCAGUGGACACAGAGAGAGCCUGAGGCCACAGAUCGUAUCAUUGGCUACUGGAUUAAUGUUCGAACGAACAAGCAGAACGUGCUGUCAAAGCAGAUAGACCUCAAGGGCAAGGAGCCAGAGAAGGGUGUGCUGCUGUCCCACACCAUAUCAGACCUGAGGAUCCCUCUGUCCUACGAGGUCCGACUGGCACCCAUCACCACCUAUAGCACCGGGGAGUACGCCAGUCGCGUCAUACAGUACUCAGAGCCCUACACCUACCCAAGACCUUCAGACCAUGUGUGUGGUUUUGGGGAUGACAGGAUCUGUGGUUUCUCUCAAGACCGGAGUGACGUCUUCGACUGGACGAGACAAAAUCACCUAACCCAGAAUCCCAAGCGAUCUGCAAAUACUGGACCAGAGACUGACCGCAGUGGAACCAAGGAAGGGUACUACAUGUACAUUGAAGCAUCACGGCCACGUACUGAGGGGGAUAAGGCUCGUCUGCUUUCUCCACUUUUUAAUGUGACCUCCGUCAGAGGCCCCAAGGGCUCCGGAAGAGUCCCAUACUGUGUCUCUUUCUACUACCACAUGAAGGGCAAACAUAUUGGCUCUCUCAAUGUGCUUCUGAGAGUGAGAAGCAUUGCGUCUGUGGACUCGGUGGUAUGGUCGAAGUCUGGUCAACAGGGCCCGGGCUGGAGGAAAGCGUCCUUCGACAUCAGCCCCAGUGGACCUUUCCAGAUUGUGUUCGAGGGAAUUCGUGGCCCGAGUUUCGAGGGGGAUAUUGCCAUUGACGACGUGUCCAUCACCAUAGGGAAGUGCAAGCAGGAGAACACUGUAGCCAGCGCAGUUCUGAUUGGUGGAUCCCACUCACUCCCAUUGGCCAGGUGGCUGACCUUCGGCCUCUCCUGCUUCCUGUUGCUACUCUACAGAUGAUGAGCACUUCCUGGUACACCGCCUGUCUGUAGUGACAGACACUGCCCUGACUCACGCUCUUAUACUUCUCUCUCUACCCUUCUCCCUGUCUUCCCCUCCACAUACCUGUCUCCUUAACUCUCUCCCCCUUAUCCACUCCAUGAAGUUCUAUCCUUUGUGCAUCCAUUUCAGCCUUCUUGCAUAGAUAAAUAGUAUCACAGAGUCUUUGUCUAGAUCUCCUCCUCUGCUUUCUUUGAACCUUUCCCCCCAGACACUCAGUAUAACCAACUGUUGUGCAUAUUGUAUUUAAAGUGAACAUACUUAAUGAUCUUUGACAGUUAAAAUUCACCUUCUCUCCUUUGUCUCUCUAUUAAUCUGAUUAGGAUCACUUUGUCCAUGUCAGUGUGUCACUUUGUCACCUUUCCCUCUCCUUCAUUAACCCUUUUCCAUCCAUACAUGCUCCCUUUCAUGUAUCUCCACUCCCUCAAACCGCAAUCCUCAAUAGCCCCUCCACCCUAUUCCCCAGACACACCAAAGUGUCGGACACUCUACCAAAGAUGACAAAGGACCUGAGGGAAUAAAACGAAGGAACAGGAUUCCAGGAGGAAAGCAAAAGAGAGAGAAAAAGAGGGUGAAAUCCUUUUUUUUCACAAGACUGUCUCCCUUCCGUCCCAAACUCUGGGAUAUUGGGAGCUAACGAAAGACAAAGGGACGGACUAAGAGAAACAAACUGAUGAUUGAAUGAAUAAAUAAAUGAAUGCUGAGUAAAAGGACGAGACAGAGACAGAGGAUAUAGAAGUGUGCUCCUGGUAGCCUCUCUGCUUGCCCUCUGCUUGCCACAAGAGACGAACCUCAGCGCGGAUUAUACGUGUACAUUUAUCUCUCUAUAUAUAUUAAAUAUAACAAAGUUUAAACUUAAACACAGCUAGGACAGUGGAGGACUUUACAAAGUGAAAUUAAAGAAGCACAAUGUUUAUACAACCUCUGCUGUACCUUUGGGUUUUAUUCUACUUAUUAUGUGAUGUUGCAAUUUGUCAGACCAAUUCAAUGUUUUUGAUAUUUUGCUUUUUUUUUUCUUUGGUUCAUUGCGUAACAAAGGGUCAAGGGGAAUGGGUAAUAAAGUAUUAUAUUAAUAUUUAUGAGAAGUACAGAAGAUGAUUUGUGAUCGAGAACCAGAAUUGAGCACGAGGAGAUAAAUGCAAGGAUGACACAAGCCAACUGGAUUGGAAACCUCAACUUUUAUUGGCACGUACUGAACACACACACGGACACUUUUUCCUUGCUGACAUCACAGCCAGGCCCUCAGCUCACCCUCUGCCUGUCUCUUCUAUGGAUAAAACAAAAAGCAAACCACAGAUGAGAGAUACAACCUUCACAUUUCUGCGCCCUUACUAUGAACUUUCCAUCACUGGACAUUAUUACUGGUCAUGUCCAGGAUUGAUGAACCACAACAGAAAAGCUGGACAGGUUAUUUCUAAUGAAAAGAAAAACAAGGUGUCAUAAAGGAGGGCCACAAAGAGCUUGGAGCUGGAACAGUUUAAUAUUUCUUUCUCCACAGGUAAUUGAAUGUCAUGUAUGAGUUUCCCAUGCACUUCCUUUACAUGAGUUAAAACUGUCAGAUUGUCAGCAGCAAGGAUUGCAUAUCAGAUUCUGUUUUGUUUGAUGAAUAGAUCAACAUAGGUAUGAUGGUUAAGCAAUACACAUAUCUAUAGAUCUGUAUAUCUUUAUGAUUGCAUUUGAGAUGGCAGUUUCUUUUUCUAAAACAACUGUAGUUACCAUUCAUGAAGUUCAAUAAAAAAAGCUGUAGCUAUUGUAAUCAUAUAGAUAGUAUGUUUUUUCAAUUUGCUCCAUUACGCUUGAACUUAUCUCAAGAAAGCUCCAAAUUAAUGUUGCGCUUUUGAAGUAAUGUGAUUACCAUGUACAUUACAUGUGAAUCAAUCAUGUGAACACCAUCUGUACUUUUGUCUGUGUUAGGUCACGUUCAUUUGAUCACUUUUUUGGUUGUUUUUCUUAAUUGUAGUUGUUACAAAUUGUAUAAUUGCAACCAUAAGUAGUGCAGAACAUACAUAAAUGACGUGCCUAAUAGAAUUUUCCACUUUGGUGUGAGUAGCAAUUUCUUUGUUAAGCUGGCACUGGUGGUUACUGUACAGUAUGAGUAUAUCAUCAUACUGUAUCAAAGACAACUUAAUCACUCAAUGCUGUGUAAGGCAUGUUGGAUUAACCCGUGAAGCUCUCUGUCAGUGGUGAAAUAUACAAACUUAGAAGCCCUCUGAAACCUGCAGACUCUCAAUAUUCCUGUACUCCAUUUCUGUCCAACAAUUACUUUACACCUCAUGGCAGGUUGCACCUGAUGUUACAACCACUUUAGAAGUGAAUUUGAGUGACAAAAUGUCCUGUAUUAAUGUAGCUUUGUCAUGCUGCAAUCAUAUCCAGUAAAGUAAUGCUGAAAAUAUUUUAAUCUUUUUAAAAUAUUUCCCAAAACACAGCAAGACAAAACAUGUGUAUGUGUUUAGGCAUUUAUUGAAACAACUCCGAUGUCACCCUCCUAAACGGCUAAGGGAUAAGGAUACAUGUUUUAUUUGUAUCAGCUUAAGUUUAACAUUUCAAGAAGCAUUAAUGUGCAUGGCAUUUCAUUGUGCUUACUGUCAAAGUAUUCUUCAUAUUUCCUCAUAUUUCAAUGGCAGUAGUAAAAGAGAAUGAGUACUAUUGUCAUCUUUGCAUUUGGACAUGCGACAGCUGCAAAUUAACAGACAUAAAACUGUGGAAACCUCAGAUGUAUUGUCCGAAACAUUGUUAUAUUUUCAAAACUGACAUGAACACACUUUGAGUGUUUUGGCUUUUUUUUGACAAUCCAAAGCCUUAAGUUCAAAGUGAAAGAAUUGUUAAGAGUGUAAGCACACCUGUAGCAACACUAACAUUUGCCCAUAUGGCAUCUAGGAAACAUACAACCUGAGGUUUUCAUAUAUCUUCAGAUCAUUUAAUCACAUGCUAUAGUUCAAGUGACACUUUUAUUUCAGUACAAAAUAAUCGCGUGCUUCAUUUGUUUAAAAAAAACAUCUGUCAAUAAAAUACAAAUAAACAGCAAUGAAAAGCUUCUGUCAAUAAUAACGAUAUCUGUCCGAGGGUGAAAUGCUUUGGUAACAAGCACGCAUCUUAAACAUGCUGACUGUCAUACAGUGCUGUAACUAAGAGCAAUGUGUAGCACAACUGUUAGUUAGCAUACAACAUUAAUGUAUUACAUCUGGAUUGGAGAAGAGGUUCAAGAUCUAUCAACAUAUAUCUGAUCCUAAAAUUUGAAUCAAAGUCAAAAUCUUUUCUUGUGACUUUUAACCAAUUGUACAAGAUUUCAGAUCUAGUUUGAAUAAUUUGAUAAAGACAGACCAAAGACCAGACAACUAACUAAAUGUUUACCACAUGAAUUAGUGAUGGACUCUCUGGUAGACUUAUUACCUUAAGUGAAGUCUUUUUCAAAGUGUUACAUUGCUUAUUUCCUGAUGAAUUCCUCAAAAGUACAGCGGGUCAGGCUUCUUUGAGUAAUUUUCAUUUGAGCAACUUUCUUAGUCAUCACCACUUCCUGUUAGCAACCUGCUCAUCAUCGUGUUUACUGAGCCCCAGUAGAGUUACACAUGUAUGACAAACUGACUGUUAAUUAUCCACUUACUGUUUACCGUCUGUACUUUCUUGAACUGAUUGGAAUUGACGUGCAAGAUACUGUAUGGACCUACUCAGAAUCUAUUCCCUCCUUGACUGCAAAAGCUGCCAAAACACAGAGGAACAGUUUGGCAAUAAAACCAAAAUUCCCUUCUGGCAACAAAAAUAAUUAAAGGUAGAUGUUCAAAAGUGAUUUUCUGGUUUGUGGGAAAUAAGAUAAUGUGAACCAAUCAGGGUCUGAGUGCUGGCAAAAUGCCUGCCUUCCCUGAAAUGUUGCUUAAUCUCAUGAGUGUUUUGCAACCCUGCUUUUACAGACUGCAACGACCUUUUUCACAAAACGCUGUGACCCUUGCCCUGUCUUCUCAAAAAUAGGUGAAAAUCAAAACAUUUCUAAAUAGUGUUGGAUUGAAAAUGUUUUGUAAAUUUCUCCUUCUGAUCAAAGUCUGGCACACAAACACAAGUUAUGGACUUCCAGUGCUCCAGUUGACUUUUUGGACCAACACAUGACAGUGUCUCUCAAUGUUCUGUGGCAUCUGGUAUUUCAACAAGCAGCUUCAAAAUGAUAAGCCUUAAUACCUUAUAUAUUACUUUUUUAGGCCUCACCUGACUAUUGUAGUUCACUGUGACAAGCAUUGUCUUCGCAUUCAGCACAUGUUGGGAAUCAGUGCAUGGGUCACAGUAAUUGUCCACAUGACUGUCAGGUUGUACAACAUAGCCGUCACUGAACUGUGUAUCAAUCCAUUUUUGGAUCAGAAGAUGUGAAAUGCACCUCUAAUGGGUAAAAAAGGGAGAGGGGUAUCAAACAGUGCUGGUUGUUGUAUAUUGCUGUCAUGUACUGAAGUAUUUUAGAGGAAAAUAUAUUUGAAAUAUGACUCUGAAAGGUAUAAAUAAACAUUA